GAAAAUAAAAAAACAUGGAGUGGAGAAAGCAAAUGCCAACUGUCGGAAACACUUACACCGAACAAAAAAAGCAAAAAAGUAUCGAAUCAUCGUCCCAUCGUUUUGAAAUUCGGGACUCUCAUUUAUUUUGCCUAUUUUUCUUAAAACAAAUACAGAAAAUAAAGAAAGCCGCAGGCAAUCCAGUAUUAACUUGUCUAAUACCUGUAAAAUGUGGUGGUUUUGUUGAAGGGCAACCACACAAAUUUAUGAAUUAAGAGAGAACAAGUUGGACUGUGAUCAGGGGCAUUUCACCAGUUUAGGGGAUGGCUUGUAGAGGAUUCUUUGAGUGCUUAUUGAAGCUACUGAACUUCUUGCUGACUCUUGCUGGAUUGGCAAUGGUUGGUUAUGGAAUCUACUUGUUUGUGGAAUAUACAAGAACAGAGGCCAAUGCGACAUUGUUUUCACCUGUGAGUGGUGAUGAGACUUUGGUACAGCUCAGUCGGCCAAUGCUUAUGGCCGUGUCUUUGUCUUCCAGUAUUUUUGAUAAGUUGCCAAAAGCUUGGUUUAUAUACUUAUUUAUUGGCGUAGGAGUGGUUCUCUUUGUCAUCUCUUGUUUUGGUUGUGUUGCAUUUACAACACGGAUUGGAUGCUGCCUGACUUUUUACUCAAUAUUGGUAAUCUUGUUGAUUUUAGUUGAGCUGGGCUGUGCAGCCUUCAUAUUCUUUGACAAAUCGUGGAAAGAAGAGAUUCCAACAGACAAAACUGGUUAUUUUGACAUGAUAUAUGAUUUUCUGAAAGAGCACUGGACUAUUGUGAAAUGGGUUGCUCUUGGAAUUGUUGUUUUGGAGGCUCUUAUUUUCCUGUUAGCUCUUGUGGUUAGAGCAGCUAACAGACCUGUAGAAUAUGAUAGUGAUGAUGAGUUCAUUGCCCCAAGGCAACAAGUAAGACAGCCCUUGCUCAACAGGCCACCAGCUCCUGCAACAGGUGUGCCUGUAGCUGGAGCUCUUGAUCAGCGUCCAAGUAGAAAUGAUGCUUGGAGUACACGUAUGAGGGAAAAGUAUGGGCUCGAUACUUCUGAGUUCACCUACAACCCAUCUGAGUCACAGAGGCUCCAGCAAGUGGCCCCUCAGCAAUCAGAAGAAAGGAGUCGUUGCACCAUUAUGUAAUGCCUUCGUGGAUGUUGCCUAAUUCAGUUUUUUUGAACAAUGGCAUGGGAACUUAAAAGUUUCGAGAGGAUGGUCUUUUCCUUUUUUGAGUUUGUGUACAAAACACAUUGUUCAGGAGUUCUAAUCAUUCCCCACUAGUAUUUCAAUUUAUGCCAACUGCAUUACGCCAUUUUGUGUGUAAAAUUGUACUAGUUGCAAAUUACAAUCAUGAAUUCCCGUGGACCUCAGUUGAGGUUCUAAGCUUUCGCAUUA